CAAUACAAACCGAAAGAAGAGAAUUUCGUUCCAACCGUACAAGUUCCUGAGGAUCAUGCACGAACCAGUUGUGCAAUGCUACCGGAUGGUGCUCAUGAGUUGCUCAAAUGCCACCACAGAUUCGUUCUAUGUUCAAAUGGUGUGACAUCGCUGACAUCUUGCACAAAAGGAUUGGUAUUCAACGGUCUAACUGGUCAAUGUGAUUAUCCUGAGAACGUUGCGUCGUGCAGUGCGAGAGAGCCGAUUACAACCACUUCCACGACCGUAACACCCGGAAUUUCAUCAGUUGGUGAAGAGGAGAGUAAAUGUUCUAAUAAGGCUGACGGUAUGUAUGUUGAUCAGUGUUCUGAAGAGUAUUACGUUUGUUCAAAUGGAAUGAUAUCGAAGUUUGUGUGUCCUGUGGGAUUGGUUUAUAAUACUGAGAGAUCGUACUGCGACUAUAAACAGAAUGUGAGGAUAUGCGGUGCAAAUGGCAUCCAACAACAACAGCAAGCAAGCACUACGACUGCACCUCCAUUCAUGUUCUUGCGAACAACAUGGACCACAAGAACACCAAUUUUGCAAGAUAAUAAACUAGGCGAACAAGGUUGCUCAGUGUUACCGAAUGGACCACAAGCUCUCGGCGAUUGUCUCCCGCAAUAUAUGGUUUGUUCGGAAGGCACCACACGUCUUGCAAGCUGCUCAAAGGGUUUAAUCUUCAAUCGCAAGACUUCACUUUGCGAUUACCCUCAGAGGAUUCCUCCAUGCGCUGGGCUAUCUGACGCUGCUUCAGGCAAUACGUUGCAGUCUGAUGCGUUACCGACAGGAGGUCAGAAAUUAGUUUCAGAAACAUUACAUUCAGAUGCAAAGUGCGAGAAUCGUGCAGAUGGUCUGUAUUCAGUUGGUUGUUCCCCAUCAUACUUUAUGUGUUCGAAUGGCAAGACUAACGAAUUCAAAUGUUCUGCUGGCCUCUUCUUCAAUAUCCAAUUAUCAGCUUGUGAUUAUCAAAACAACAUUCCAGCUUGCAAUCAAAAUGUUGCAGUUGGAACAACAGAUGUGCCAUUUGCGGCCGAAAGCACGCAAAAGAGCGUCUUCCCAUCACAAGAUAUUCAACCAUCAUCUGCAUCAAUUGUCGUCGGUGGAUGUUCCUCGAAACUGGACGGUAAUUAUCCUGAGAGCGACUGCUCGCACUCAUUCUACACCUGUUCGGUUGGUAUUAGCUUUCUUUUAUCGUCAUUUCUUGGGUCUGCGUUAUAUUUCAGUGGCAUAGGAACGAAUUCGUUCGACCAUCUGUAA